AUGCGCAUUUCUCCAAGGGAGGAAGCUAAGCUAUUGUUGCACCAAGCUGGGUUCCUGGCACAGAAACGCCUUGCGCGAGGGCUGCAGCUGAAUCUGACAGAAGCGACUGCUCUUAUCGCCUCCCAGCUCCAGGAGCGGAUCAGAGAUGGCAGACAUUCAGUCGCAGAGUUGAUGCAACAUGGCAAGACGCUACUGGGCAGGAAGCAUGUUCUUCCCGGAGUUCCUAUUCUGCUCCAUGAGAUACAGGUGGAAGGGACGUUUCUGGACGGCGUAUUCCUGGUGACCGUCCACGAGCCCAUCUGCACGGAUUCUGGAGACCUUUCAGCUGCACUGUACGGUUCCUUUCUUCCAGUUCCACAGGACGAUGCGUUCCCGUCCAUUGAUCCAUCCGAGUAUGCUCGUGACAAGGCGCCUGGAGCGGUUGUCCUCAAGAAAGACCCUAUCAUCAUCAAUAGGAAGCGCGACAGAGUACGGCUUCGGGUGACGAACAACGGCGACCGUCCCAUACAAAUUGGCUCCCAUUAUCAUUUUAUCGAGACCAACCGUGCUCUAUCAUUUGACCGAGGCAAGGCUUAUGGCAAGCGUCUUGACAUAGCGGCAGGCACCGCUGUCCGCUUUGAGCCCGGUGACACGAAGACGGUCACACUUUGCGCAAUAGCGGGUAACAGGGUCAUAUCGGGCGGGAAUCGUCUUGCAAGCGGCGUCGUUGAUCCUACUAGAACUGAAGAGAUAGUAAGAAACUUAGUGCAGAAAGGAUUCGGACAUGUGCCGGAGCCAGGCGCACUCGAGGUGACGGUGGAUACGAACAUGACCAGAGAGGCUUAUGCCUCCAUGUUCGGACCUACCGUUGGUGAUAAAGUAAGACUCGGAGAUACUGCCCUCUGGAUUGAGGUUGAACGGGACGAGACAUUCUACGGAGAUGAAGUCAAGUUUGGCGGAGGCAAAACGAUCCGUGAAGGCAUGGGGCAAUCGACCGAUCGUUCCGCCGCAUAUUCUCUGGACCUUGUCAUUACCAACGCUCUCAUAGUGGAUUGGACGGGCAUUUACAAGGCUGACAUCGGUGUCAGGAAUGGUGUCAUAGUCGGCAUCGGGAAGGCUGGAAAUCCCGACGUCAUGGCAGGCGUCCACCAAAACCUCGUCAUCGGAUCGUCGACCGAGGUCAUCGCAGGCGAAAAGUUAAUCGUCACUGCCGGCGCCAUCGACGCUCACAUACACUACAUCUGUCCACAGCAAGUGACUGAAGCGCUCGCUUCGGGUGUCACCACUAUGAUCGGCGGAGGUACAGGCCCGAGCUCUGGCACGAAUGCAACUACCUGUACGCCCAGUCCGUUCUACAUGAGACAGAUGCUUGCAGCGACGGACGGAAUGCCGAUGAAUUUUGCGUUCACGGGCAAGGGGAACGACUCGGGACCGACCGCGCUUGAGGAGGUGGUCAAGGCUGGUGCCGCUGGUCUGAAGUUGCAUGAAGAUUGGGGCUCGACGCCUUCGGCGAUCAUGAACUGCUUGGACGUCGGUGAUAAAUACGACGUGCAGGUCAACAUUCAUACAGAUACACUCAACGAAAGUGGAUUUGUCGAAAGUACAAUCGCUGCUUUUGGGAACCGCACCAUCCAUACCUACCAUACAGAGGGAGCUGGUGGUGGACACGCUCCUGAUAUCAUCGUCGUUUGUGGGCUGGACAACGUGCUUCCUUCAUCAACGAAUCCCACACGACCUUACACCAAGAACACGCUGGAUGAGCAUUUAGACAUGCUCAUGGUUUGCCACCACCUGGACAGAUCAAUACCCGAAGACUUGGCGUUCGCCGAGUCACGUAUCCGAGCAGAGACGGUGGCAGCCGAAGACGUCCUGCACGACACCGGUGCGAUCUCCAUGAUCAGCUCUGACUCGCAGGCGAUGGGGCGUGUGGGCGAGGUCAUCACCCGGACGUGGCGGACCGCCAGCAAGAUGCGGGAAUGCAGAGGUCCGCUGACGCUUCUGGGCGACGAGGAGGGUCGGGACAACUCCCGUGUUAAGCGCUACAUCUCUAAGUACACAAUCAAUCCAGCGAUCACACAUGGGAUCGGCCACCUGGUGGGGCAGGUCGCUGUGGGGGCGCUCGCGGACCUUGUGCUGUGGAAGCCGGAAAACUUCGGGUCCAAGCCGGAAAUGGUGCUCAAGUCUGGGGUCAUCGCCUGGGCGCAGAUGGGCGAUGCAAACGCGUCUAUCCCUACGGUCCAGCCGUUCAUCGGACGACCGAUGUGGGGCUCGUACCCUGCAUCCGCAGCGCUUAAUUCCAUCUCCUUCGUCUCGGAGAUUUCAGUCACGUCUGGUGUCAUCGCAUCCUAUGGCCUGUCGAAGCGCGCCGAGGCGGUGAAGAAUUGCCGUAACGUCACAAAGAAAGAUAUGAAAUGGAACUUCGCCACGCCGGUUAUGAAGGUCGACCCCGAGAGCUACGAUGUCCACGCGGACGGUGUCCUCGCCGACGUCCCGCCCGCGGAACGCCUUCCUCUUGCGAGGGCGUACAACAUAUUUUGA